UAAUCGUUCGUCUCUUUUGUUCAGAGUUCCUGUGUGGUACCCAUCGCCAUGAUUAUUAAAUCGAGAAUGUCGUGUUUAUGUAUUUUAUCACUGCAUCAGCUUUUAUUGUGAUGUAACUUUCUCAAUAUUAUAUAACCAUCAGCCUUCAAUCAAUAAUGCUGUCGCCAAACGCAAGCAACUUUGUGCCUCGUCAGCAGUCCACCAGGCAGCCUAUGCCUAAAUCAUCACUUUCCCCAUACGUGAAGGAGUUUGUGCCACUCUCCAAAAUGAAACAGGAAUCCACUGAAGAGCAGAUUAAGCAGAAACCACCCGACACUUCACACAUCAGGAAAGAGGAUGCAAAUAGGAAAGAGAACAAUAUUUCAACCGGAGAUAGCCAUGGAAAAUUUCAUCAAGAUUUAUCUAGUUGUCCUUCUUCUGGAAAUACAAAAUCGAGCGAGCAGAGGUGGAUGUAUGAUAAAUAUCCCAGAGACGGGAGGGGGGUAUCUGCAAAAACACAAGGGGCCAUACAUUAUCCUGCUACUAAAAGAAACUGGAGAGAUUGGCCAAAAGUGGAAGCUGGGGAUAAUCUAUCAAAUCGCGGUGCUAAUAGCAGAUUUGAAAAUACCACUAAAAUAUCUGUGAACUUACAGCAAAAAUCUAGUGCUUGGAAUAGACCCUCAAACACAUUAAGAAUGGGUUUGCAAAGUGCGGAAAAGCAAACUGAGAGUGGAAUUCAUUUUGGGAUAGGGAGAGGGAGAGGAAGUGCCUUGAGGGAAAAAGCCAAAGAAAUAAAAAAUCCUGGAGAAAAGUUGCAGAAGGUUGAUGUAACCAAAACAUCAAAGGAAGAAGGAUCAUGGAGACGAGACAUGGGAGCAGCACAAGAUAACUUAACCAAAACAAGUGGCAAUAAGUCAGACGCUACAGCUGAUGUCAAGAGUAUUAAUGGGAACAUGGAAGAUGAAUGGACAGUAGUGAGUGGUAAAAAGAGGGAUUCUAAAAGAGAUGAAGUCAAGAAUAAACAUGAGGGUCAUUUAUCUUUUAACAGUGAACAAUCAUCCAAAAUGGUAAAAAAAAUAAUGGAAAAGGUAGGUGAUGAUGAAUCAACUAAAGGAGCGACUAAACAAUUAAACAAACCUUUGAUUGACCAGAGUGACACUAAAGGGAUAAUCAAGCAGGUUGCUGGGAAGAAAUCCCCAUUUUUGAAAAGGAAAGAUAGACCAAUUGUGUCAAAAGAUGCUUGGGCAAGGCCCCAGGGGAGCAAAGAUAAUCCCAGAAAUGCUGAUCAUUCAGAGACAAAAAAGAAUAGACAGUACUUUGAAAAUGCAAAGGGAGUUAAGGAAAGUUUGGAUAAAACAGAGGAAAGGGAUAAUGUUGACAUGAAAAGAUGGGUGAAAGACAGAACUGCAUCAUCAGUGAAGGAUGACAAAAAUCAUAUUAAACCAAAUUCCAAACAAGUUCCAAUCUCUAUUACAGUAAACAAUAAUAGGGAUGCAAAAAAAAUAUUGAGUAAGGAGUCAAAUUUGUCUCUUUCUGAUAUAACUGACAUUCAGCCAAAGACACCGGUCUUUGUGAAAGAGGAGUUUCCAGAUCUUAGUAAUACUAAACAGGGUGAGAACCAGUCAACGCUGACGUCUGAUUGGUUGUCAGGAGGCACCAGAAUGCCUAUCUUGUCAUACAGUGCUGCUCUAAAGACAAAGCCUCAACCCAGGCAGCUGCCUGAUUCAAGAGAAAAACCUGGAAGAUCUUCAAGCCAAGGUUCCACAGAGCAGGAGAUCCAGUCUGUGAAAAAGAAAAAGAAAAGGAAAAAGAAGAAAAAACCUACAGAAACAGAGGGUGAAUCAAGUACUACCAAACAGCAGCCAAUGCCAACCAAGAAGACAAAAGAACCAUUGCAAUUUGACCUGGGGAUGUUUCUCUCGUCCGUGCAGUUUCAGGAGGUGCGCACUAAAGAUAGAAAAGAGAAACAAGUAAAGAAAGCAGUAGUUGCUGGCACUUUGCCAACUCAAUUUGCUAAUUCUGCUGCUGGACUGUCAAAGGGUGUGCCCCAGAGUGCCAAGCCUGGUCCCCCUGUGAAGGUAUUCCACAACAUGCUUGACUCUACGGCACCAGUUAUCAAGAGGGGCAAAGAAAGAGAAGUUCCCAAAAAGAAAAAGCCAAGUGCUUUAAAGAGAAUCAUUCUAAAAGAGCGAGAGGAGAAAAAGAAGGAGCGAGAAAAUGCAGAGCAUGAGAAAACAGAUGACGGAGAUGCUUCUGGUGCUGAAAUUGCCAGCUCAAAUGUAGAGAUGGCAGAUGAGGAGAUAAAAGACCAGGUGGAGCCUCCUAACACCUGUACCACCCAAGAGGAGGAACAAGGCAAGCCUAAUGAUGCACUAAGCUUGAGUACUCCCUCUGAUGGAGAGGUCAAGGCCAAGCUUCAUAGCCGACGAUUUAGAGACUACUGUGACCAAGUUCUUGAUAAGGAGCUCAACACAGUCACACUCAAGCUGCUCAGUGAGUUAGUGCGCUUUCAGGACAGGGUAUACUUCAAAGACCCUGAAAAGGCGAAAGCAAAAAGAAGAUAUGUAGUGGGGCUACGGGAAGUCACGAAGCAUUUGAAGCUGAAGAAAAUAAAAUGUGUCAUACUCUCGCCGAAUAUUGAGCAGAUAAAAUCAGCAGGUGGACUUGAUGAUGCUCUCCACAACAUUAUCAGCCUCGCGCACACCAAUGGGAUUCCUGUGGUAUUCUCUCUUCGCCGCCAGAUCUUGGGCCGAGCAGUGUGUAAGAAGGUCCCAGUGAGCGCUGUGGGGAUUUUCAAUUACGAUGGGGCACAGGAUUUGUUUAAGAACCUGAUGGAGCUGACCGAGAACGGUCGUAAGGUGUAUGCUGAACGCUGGAAUGCGGCCCAAGAGGCAUUGCGGGAGGAACUCGACAAUGAGCAUCCGGUGACCUCAUGCAAUACCGAGCAAGGCGGGACACAGGAAACCAAAGAUUCCAGGGCGAGCGAUGGGGAACAUUAUGAUGAUGGCGAAGCGGGUGAUCGAAGCGAGUCUGGGGAAGAGUCGGAGGGUGUGACGUCAGAGCAUCCAAUGACGUCAUGCGAUACCGAUGAAGGCGGGACGCAGGAAGACCAGGCGUCAAGGGAGAGUGAUUGGGUGCACCCAGAUGACGUUGGCGAGUCAGACGAAAAAUGCGUGACCCCAGGACAUCCCCAGGCAGAACCCAGACCACAGGUAGCCCAAGAGUCAAGAGAAAUCGAGGAGCUUCAAUUGGAUGAUGGGGAAGGCUACGAGAAAUCACAAGGUGCGACCACGAAAAUGCCUUUAGCUGUGAGAGAACUAAACACGGCAGAAUAUACUACUGGUAAUUAUUGUUCUGGGAUCGGAAAGGCAUGUCCGGGGGAGAUGCCCGAUAAUACAGCAACCGCUAGUAAGGCGACUGAAUGCACUCUAGAGGAUAUCACAUCUGAUGACGAAAAUGCUUUGUAA